AUGACUUUCAAAGAUCGUACAACAGAAUUUCAUGCUGUCGUUGAACGCAUUCGCUCGCGCAGCCAUAGUUCAUCGGCAUUAGAGCGACGUGCGCUCUUGUCAUCACCAAAGCCAUCUUCACCUAAAGCCAAACAUCACGCUCGAAGCGAAUUCUCACUCAUGGCGGCCGAAAUCAGUCGCAACAUUACAAAUACAGCAGGCAAAUUAGAAAAACUGACUCGAUUGGCAAAACGAAAAACGCUCUUCGAUGACAAACCAGUAGAAAUCAGCGAAUUAACCUUCAUCAUAAAACAAGACAUUGCCAAACUUAAUAAGCAGAUUGCGAUGCUCCAAGAAUAUACAAAGAGCCAGCGGCAGUCGUCAAAGCAAGCAAACGAACAUACGUCAAAUGUUGUGGUGGCAUUGCAAAGCAAGCUAGCCGAUACAUCCAUGAGCUUCAAAGAUGUCUUGGAAAUACGAACAGAGAAUAUGAAAAUGUCCAAGGAUAAACGGGACCAAUUUCUAUUUUCUGCAGCAGAGCAGACAUCAGAGCCCAUGCUAGGCAAUUCACCACUUUUAAAGUCACGUCGACGUGGCCCGGGAGGAGAAUCGCCUGGCAGCAGUCAUACAUACCAACCACACAUGGAAGAACAACAAGAAUCCACAUUAUCCCUAGGCAUACCCAUGAUAUCUCAACAGCAGCAGCAACAACAACAGGAAAUGAUGGUUCUUGAACAAGAUCGUUAUAUUGAAACUCGUUCAACGGCGAUCGAAAGUAUCGAAAGCACCAUCGCCGAACUGGGUUCGAUUUUCCAGCAGCUGGCCACCAUGGUAGCGGAGCAACGCGAAACAGUGCAACGUAUUGAUCAAAAUACGGAUGAUAUCGAAAUGAAUGUCAUGGGUGCUCAGAGGGAACUUUUGAAAUACUACACUAAUAUUAGCUCUAAUCGCUGGUUAAUCAUCAAAAUAUUUGUAACUAUUGUGUUCUUUUUCUUGGUAUUCACCCUGAUAAUGUAA